UUGACGAUGAAAGUCGGUAAGUGUCUGAGUAAUGCCUCGGACACCUCGGCGGACUGUACGCAGUUCACAACCGAAAUAUCGAAUCUCUCAAAACUCCUUGUCGAUCUAUUGUCUUACCUCGAUGACGACUCUAAUGAACCGUGGAAUGCAAAGAUCCAAGAGCUCGGCGGAAAGGACGGGCUCCUCUAUCAAUACAAAUGUGCGUUAGAGCAGCUGAAGCAUAAGAUAUCAGAUGGGCGCGGAAUGAAGAAGAUAGGCAAGACCCUUCUGUGGAAGUACAUCAAAGAGGAUAUUGAACGCAUACUGUUAAAGAUAGAGCGAUUGAAGUCGCUCGUGCAGAUUGCCUUAGAAAUGGACCACCUUAAACUGUCGCAAGUAAUUAAAUACGACAUGGAUAUAAUACACGGUGACAACAAAGCAAUUAAGAUAGGAGUCGGUGCAAUUCAGCAAGACCAACAGCGUGACAAGAUUUUGGAAUGGAUAUCAUCAAGCAACUUCCCAGCUCAACAAUCCGAUCUUAUCGCCCGAAGACAAGAAGAAACUGGCCUGUGGUUCCUCAACGCUGCUGAAUUCACUGAAUGGGUUCACGGAUCGAACCAGAGUCUAUUCUGUCCCGGUAUCCCUGGAGCUGGCAAAACAAUGCUAGCAUCAAUUGCAGUUGACCAUCUUUAUACAAAAGUGCAAAGUCGCAAUAUCGGAGUGGCCUACGUAUUCUGUAACUACAAAACGCGCGCAGAUCAAAAUGCCACCUACCUGCUAGCAGCUAUCAUUAAACAGCUAGUGCAGGCAAGAGCCUCGAUCACAGAGCCUGUAACACGUCUAUACAACCACCAUACCAACCGAGGGACUAAGCCAUCCCUCAAUGACAUUCUUAGCACUUUACACUCUCUUCUAGACAAGCUCCGCGGUCUGCAGAACAAAACAGGCCUCCGUUUAAUGGCUACUUCGCGAGUUAUUCCAAGCAUAGUAGAUAUCUUCAACGGUGUGCCUACGCUAGAGGUACGCGCACGCAACGCAGAUGUCGAACAAUUCAUUAUUGGCCAAACUCACCGGCUGCCACGAUGUAUCCAACGCGACGACAAUCUUCAGAAAUUAGUCCAAGAAAAAAUAGUUGAAGCAGUAGAUGGCAUGUUUCUUCUUGCCCGUCUUCAUGUGGAUUCAUUACUUGAUAAGGACACCAAGAAGAAAGUCCGGUCUACGUUAAAGAACCUUUCUAGAGGUUCUGAAGCGCUUAACAAAGCGUAUGACGAGGCGAUCGAGAGAAUAGAGAGUCAGCUACCUGGAAAUACGGCGCGAGCAAAGAGCGUUCUUUCCUGGAUCUCGCAUGCAGAGAGGCCGUUAACCACUGGUGAACUAUGCCAUGCCUUAGCGGUGGAGUUAGAGGAAGAAGAACUCGACCAAGAAAACAUUCCUCACGUUGACGAUAUUGUCUCUGUCUGUGCUGGCCUCGUUACGAUUGAUGAGGAGAGCAAUAUUAUCCGUCUCGUCCACUACACUACGCAAGAAUACUUCGAGCAGAUCCGAGAGAGGUGGAAUUAUAGCGCUCAGUACGGAAUUGCAUCGUCUUGUAUCAGGUAUCUAUGCUUUAAACCCUUUAGGAGUGGUAGCUGUCCAAGCAACGCAGCGUUCGAGAGCAGGCUUGAGCAAAACAUAUUCCUAGAUUACUCUGCUCGAUACUGGGGGCAACACGCGUUGGCUGUGCAAGAGAGGGUAUCUAAACUAGCAUUAUGUCUGCUUCAGGAUAUUAGUUUGGUCGCUUGUGCUGUCCAAUCAAGUUUAGUUCCAGACUACAAAUACCGGAACUACAGUCAAUCUUUUCCAAAGCAAGCAACAGGUCUACAUCUAGCGGCCUCCUUCGGACUGUUGGAAUUUUCUAAGGAACUUCUUUCCAGGAUUGCGAAAGAAAAAUCAAUAUUCGCGGACUCCAAGGACGGGGAGGGCCGGACGCCGCUGUCAUGGGCCGCAGGGGGAGGGCGCGAGGCAGUAGUUAAGCUGCUGGCGGGGCGGGACGAUGUCGAGGCGGACGCCAAGGAUGGGGACGACCAGACGCCGCUGUCAUGGGCGGCAAGGGGAGGGCACGAGGCGGUGGUCAAACUGCUGGUGGAGCGGGACGAUGUCGAGGCAGACUCCAAGGACGGGUACGGCCGGACGCCGCUAUCGUGGGCCGCAGAGGGAGGGCAUGAGGUGGUGGUCAAGCUGCUGGUGGAGCGGGACGAUGUUGAUGCGGACUCCAAGGACGGGGAUGGCCGGACGCCGCUGUCAUGGGCGGCAUGGAAAGGGCACGAGGCGGUGGUCAAGCUGCUGGUGGAGCAGGGC